AUGGCUUUUGAAGAUGGUUCCAAAAAGGAGCUACAGAAAGUUGGUCUAAAAAUCUCGAACCGCUUUCCUCUUACAAGGACCACUCUGGCAUCUAUGGAGUCUUUGUCCCUGCCAGUGGUUCAGGAAGUUGUUCUUUCCGCAGAUAUGCAAUGUGAGAAGUGCCAGAAGAGGGUGGCUGACAUUAUUACUAAAAUGAAUGCAGGGACGGAGUCAGUGGUGGUGAAUGUGAUGGAAAAGAAGGUGGUACUUACUUUCAGAUUAACAACUAUUGGUAAAGUAAUCUCACAGCAAAUUACUCCCCUCCCUAAAGUUGCAAUUAUCAAACGGAUAUUUCGCUCAUCUCGGAGUUAA